GAACUAUGAAUAAAUAUACAGUGAAUGUAUACACAGAUGAAUGGGGAGAGCCUAAUGCUUGUCUUUGAUAUAUUUUGUUAUUUUGAGCAAUUAAUAGCUUGAGUAAUUAGCAAGUUAGAUGGCUUAUCGCCCAUGUAGAGAAUAUAAGUGUCUGGAAAGUUGACAUACGAAUUAAAUUCUAAAGUAGUUGAAGAAAAUUCUCUCCGCGAUAGCAUAGAAAUCGCAAGAGAUACAAUUUAAUAUAUUUGUUUGGACAAAGGAUAAUUGCUACAUACAUAGAAAUAUCAUUAUAGAAUACAGGAUAACGUUCAGCUCCGAGAAUUCUUUUUUUGAGGAUUUUUCAGUGAAAAAAGAUGGAAAAGACCACAGUGAAGAAGGAAGAAGAAAUGACACCAGAAAUCAAAACUUGCAAAGAAGAAAAAUAUGAUUCGUACAAUUGGGAGAACUUUACCGCAAUACAUCCAUUUGGAAACCAAACUUUUCAUUAUUACCCUACUUUUGAAACCGGCUCCAGUGAAUAUUCAAUAGAGGAAAGCAGUCCGCAUUACACCUUUCACGAGCAAAAACCACUAACGAAGCCACGGAUGUCGUUUAGUAUUUCUUCUAUUCUUGGAACGGAGGAAAAUAAAGAUGAAAGACAGCCAUCGAGAAGUUCAACGUUUACAGACAGUUUAUUUAUGACACAUAAACCGCAAGCGAUGAUGAAAACUUCAAAAAUGAAGCGUCACUAUAUACAUGCAGAAAUGAUGGAAAGAAAGGAAGAAUGUACCACUAAGACAGGAAACAUUUGCAAUGAGGACAGAAGCUUUUUAAGCGACGAGAAAGAUGAUCAAUUAUGGACACAAGAAAAGCCAAAACGUAUAAGAACAAUAUUUACACCAGAACAAUUGGAAAGACUGGAGAAAGAAUUCGCCGAACAACAAUACCUAGUGGGUAUUGAGAGACGUUAUCUUGCGUCGACAUUACGACUUAGUGAGACACAAGUAAAAGUUUGGUUUCAAAAUAGACGAAUAAAAUGGAGAAAACAAAGACUGAACAACCAAUAAAGUUUGCUUAAAUGAAGAGCUCAAAAAGCACAGAAUGAGUCAAAGACGGUGUAUUUAAAGAAAAGAACCUAGGACUACUUCAUGUAGAGGAAAUUAAAUGUUCCACGAAAUAGAAUCAAGGAACACUCAACGCUGCACAGACUCACUAAAGUCUGUAUAAUCACAAGAAAGUAUGUGAAUCUACGAAGCACUGCAACUAGCGCAAAUACAAACAUUAGAAGCAAAGUGAAGCACAGUGACCAGCAGUUAACUUAUACCUACGUGUAUACACACAUUCCACGUGGAGUUAAACACAGAAUGGAUAAUGGCGACAUUGAACAAGAAUGAAAAAGUAGUUGACUAUUCUAAGUUUUGAUCACAAACUUUAGUACGUUAAUCCUGUGUGUAAAUCUUAGUAAACGUGAAACUUGUUGCAUAAUAUUCAGGCGAUUAAUAAUUUAUUAGUGAUCAGAAAGUUA